AUGACACAGACUGCCAACUCUCUCCCAUUCUCUAUCCACACAUUCCUGCAGAUCACCACUCUGAUCAACCAUAAAGACAAGCCAAAGAAGUCAGAGCGCACCCUUGCAGCCAUACACAGGGUGGGUCAGGCGGUGAGCGUGGCUGUGGGACGUUUUGUCGCCGUCGGGGAGGCCAUCGCCACAGAGAACCAAGAGCUAAAGGAUGAGAUGGGUCAAGCCUGCUUUGAGGCACGCAGAGCAGGUGAUGCCAUAGCCCAGCUGACAGAUGUGGGAUCAGCCGUGCCGUCCCAGUUAGACGGACGCGUCACUGUGUUCAGUGAUAGGACAGGGAUGGUGAAGGCUGCCCGCUUGCUUCUCUCCUCAGUCACUAAAGUCCUGGUCUUAGCUGACCGCAUUGUCAUCAAACAAAUAAUCACAUCACGCAACAAGGUCCUGGUUACACUCGACCAUCUGGAAAGAGUCAGCACCUUCCAGGAAUUUGUACAGAUUUUCAGCCAGUUUGGCAAUGAGAUGGUGGAGUUUGCCCAUCUCACCGGAGAUAGACAGAACGACUUGAAGGAUGAGAAGAAGAAAGCACGGAUGGCAGCAGCCAGAGCAGUGCUAGAGAAAUGCACCAUGAUGCUCCUCACAGCCUCCAAGACUUGCCUGAGGCACCCAGAUUGCGAGUCAGCACGGAUCAACAAAGACGCCGUGUUCCACCGAAUGCGUUGUGCCCUGGAGCAGGUCAUCGAGAUAGUCACUGAGGCACGGAGCUGUGGGGAGAACAAGAUCCUUCCUGCCAGCAUCUACAACGGCAUCAAGGACUUCAAGUCCAGCGUGGAGUGCCUGCGGGAGAACCUGUACUCCUUGUCACCACAGAGCAUGGGCAGUCAGCUGGAGGCACUGGUGGAGCGGACAGAGGACUUCACUGAUUCGGCCUACACCAGCCACGAGCAGCGGCAGGCCAUUCUAGGUCUGUGCCAGCUGGCUCGCCAGGACACUCAGCAGCUGGUGCACGCCUGGGUCGAGGCGCAGUCUGCCCAUGCCAAAGAGGCCACAGAGGACAUGGAGGUGGCCAUCCUGAAGACAUGCCAGAGCGUCAAUGACCUCAGACGUGAGCUCCAUAAGGUGGCAGUCGGCCGUGCCUCAGACUUGCUCAAAGUUCACGGGGAGCAGCUGCCUCUACGGGCUCUUAAAGCCGCAGGCGCUGAGGGAAACCUGGAGGCAGUUGCGGAGUAUUCACGCAAGCUCACCGAGCAGAAGGAGCAGCUGGUGGAGACGUGCCGACUGCUGGGCCACGUGUCAGGCACAGAGCCUCUGGAGAUUACCUGUGUACAUGCUGAGGAGACCUUCCAUGUCAUUGGUCCACAGAUCAUCUCAGCAGCCCAGACGCUGGCCCUCCACCCAUCCAGUAAGAUCGCUAAGGAGAACCUGGAGGUGUUCUGCGAGGCCUGGGAGUCACAGCUCUGUGACAUGGCCCUACUGCUGAGAGAGAUCAAUGACUUCUUUGAAGGCAGGCGAGGAGACAAAAGACCUUAUUUGUCACUUCCUAGACCUGGGAAACACUCACUCACUAACUUGAAGACUGCCAAGGCUGUCAAGUUGGAUGCAGAGGAGCAGACUAGCAUGGCCAAGCUGGGUCUGGAGCUUCGCCUGCUCUCGUCAGAUGUGGACACAGAGGUGGAGAAAUGGGAGGAACAAGAGAACGACAUUGUCCGGCAGAGCCAGAGCCUGGCCAGCAUGGCCUACAACAUGCACCUGUUCACCAGAGGGGAGGGGCUGCUGAAAACAACACUAGCUUUUCAUCAAGCUGAGGUUUUCUCUGAAGAGUGCCUCCAGCUGUGCUCAUCUCUCCGCACUUUUUGCACCCAGCUGGUUGAUGAGGAAAAGUCUGUGCUGAUGACAGAGAUGGAGAAACUGGUGGCAUUAUGCCAACAGCUGCAGAUGGGGUCCAAGACUCCUGUACAGGGCAAGACUGCCACCUUCCAAAAGGUGGACUCAUCCAUUCAGACAACCAGAAACAUCUUGACUGUGGUCGUCUCUCUCCUCCCAUUCUGUAACAAGCUCAACAGAAAGUACAAGUCAGAGAGGAGUAGCCUGGGUUCCCCGCAGGACUGGAGAGAGAGGCAAGAUGGAUCCACACCUGUCAAAGAGGAAGGAGCUCUUAACAGCAAGAACAGCAACGUUGGUGUCAAGUCCUUGGAGCAGCACAUGGCCGGUCUCAACCUCCUUGAGAGCAAAUAAUCCCAGAAAUAGUUGCCUCCUUUGUCCAUUAUUCUCCCUUGGAGCAGCACAUGGUCAACCUCACCUUUCUGGAAGAUAUGUAAUCCAGGAAAUACUUCAUUCCCCUCAUUCUCAUGCACCCACCACCAGAUCUGUGGGGUGAAGA